CAGAUUUCUGCCGCUGGACUCUGAGGCUUGGAAUGAUUUGGCAAGUAGCCGUGUUGCUCAGCGUGGUCCCGGGGGUCGGUGCUGUUCCUGUGGGUGAUCCCGAGGAUGGGGGCAGGCACUGGGUGGUGAUUGUCGCAGGUUCCAACGGCUGGUACAAUUAUAGGCACCAGGCGGAUGCAUGCCACGCCUACCAGAUUGUUCACCGAAACGGGAUUCCUGAUGAACAGAUCAUUGUGAUGAUGUAUGAUGACAUAGCCAGCUCUGAAGACACCCUUGGGUUUCCCCACAUGGACUUCGUAAUGGAUGUCACGCCACAAAAUUUCCUUGCCGUGUUGAGAGGCGAUGAGGAAGCGGUGAAGGGCAAAGGAUCUGGAAAGGUCUUGAAGAGCGGCCCCCGGGAUCACGUGUUCGUUUACUUCACCGAUCACGGAGCUGCUGGUAUACUGGUGUUUCCGAAUGACGAUCUUCACGUGAAGGACCUGAAUGAGACCAUCCGUUACAUGUAUGAACACAAGAUGUACCAAAAGGUAACGUCAGCACUUGGGGUGGCCUGGCAGGGAGGAGUGUGAGGAAGGUGGGAGACG